GCCGCCCACGCCAACAUGGAUCUCUACAACAAUGGGGCCGACGUGCCUUCCCCCCAGGAAGCCUCCAAUGGCUUCUCGCAGCCCAGCGCCUCGGGGACGUGGCACAAGGGCGAGGAGGAGGUACGUCUGGUGGAGCCCAACCUGGUGAAGAAGGCUCACCGGGAAAUCCUGGACCACGAGCGCAAGCGGCGGGUGGAGCUGAAGUGCAUGGAGCUGCAGGAGAUGAUGGAGGAGCAGGGGUACUCCGAAGAGGAGAUCCGUCAGAAAGUGGGGACCUUUCGGCAAAUGCUGAUGGAGAAGGAAGGCGUGCUCACCAGGGAGGACCAGCAUGGGCGCCAAAUCGUGAUAGAAAACCACCACGGGGCGGACGGGGAGGAGUACGCGGUGGAGUACCCCGACUACGGCGAGGGCUGCCUGCUGCAGUGCGACUGCUCGGCCGACUGCUACCGCGAGGACAGCGGCCACCGCGAGUACAGGCUGAAAAGGCGCUCGAGCAGCUCCACCUCUCCUCCACCCAAGAAGAAAAAGAAAAAGAAAUCGGGCCACCGCCGGAGCCGCAAAAAGAGGAAACCUGGCUCGGAGCGCAGCUGCGACAGCUCUUCACCCAUCCGCAAGGAGAAGAAAAAGAAGACUGGAAAGAAACACAGACGCGACAGGUCUGAGUCGGGGUCACGGAAGAAGAGAAGACACAGGUCCCGAAGCCCCAAGAACAAACGGAAAGAGAAAAACAAAGAGCGCAAGAGGUCCCGCAGCGAGUCCCCAGCCUGGCGGUCCCACCGGCGCAGCUCCUGCAGCUCCCACAGCGCCUCGCUCUCCUCCGACGACAGCGGCUCCAAAUCCCCCGGCAGGCUAAGCCCCAAGCGCCGGCAGGAUGUCCCCAAGGGCAGCAGCGCCCGCUCCAGCCGCAGCCCGUCCUCCCCCUCGCCCCGCCGCUCGGCCUCGCCGCACCAGAACGGGCACAAGGGCAGCGCCCAGAACGGCCGCCACAGCCACGGCGCCCCGCUCCCGGAGCCCUCGGAUAGGCCGGCCUCGGCGUCCCCCUCUCCUCGAGCUCACGGCAGGACGGACCCUCCGUCCCCCCGCAGCCGGGGGGGCCGACACGGUGCCCGCAGCCCCCGCUCGCCCACGCCGGAGCGGGCCAAGCAUGGCCACCGGCAUCGCUCCCGCAGCUCCUCGCCGCCACCUCGCCACCGUGGCCAGAGCAAGGGACGGCCACCGGCCCCCCGGGAGCCCCCACCGCCGCCCCUCAGCCCCGCCGGCUACAGCAGCGACUCGGAGGGCUCGGCGGGCUCCCAGCCCUACCACCCACCGCUCGGCCCCGACAGGAACCACGGCGCCCACGCCAAGAAGGUGAAGGAGAGGCACCACCGGGGCCGGCCCAACAGCAGCUCGGAGUCGUCGGCCAAGCACUCCCGGCACGCCUCGGAGCGCAGGAAGAGCCCGUCGCCCAGCCCCGGCCAGCGCAGCACCUCCUGGAGCUCCAGUGGCUCCCUCUCCAAAUCCCGCUCCCGCUCCCGGGAGAAGAGAGCAGGACGCAGCCGAUCCCGCUCCCCAUCUCCGAAAAAACCUGCCAGCAGAGAGAAGGACAAUGAGCCCCGAACACGCCACGGUGACGCCGAUCCCACCCGCACCCGGCGCCGCUCCAGGAGCUACUCCCCCAUCAGGAAGAGGAGACGUGACUCCCCCAGCUUCAUGGAGCCCAGGAGGAUCACGAGCGCUCGCAAGCGUCCCAUCCCUUACUACCGCCCCAGCCCUUCGUCCUCCAGCUCGCUGAGCACCUACUCCUACAGCCGCAGCCGCAGCCGCAGCUACGACAGCUACAGCACCAGCCGCAGCCGCAGCCGGACUCUAAGACCCAUCACCUCCUACCAGUCCCCAUCAAUCCCUACUGGUCCCAUUGGCCCCCAGUAA